CGGGGCCUUGCAGGAUAAGAAGUUCACCGACGAAACCUACGAGAUCGAGUCCGACGGGGGGACUGUGACGUUCUACGGCUGCGAGGCUUGCGUGGUUUGGUGUGCUGAGCAUCUUCCUGGCGUCGACUUCGCGACGAUCUGCCUGGACAAGAAGACCGACGCUGAAUUUGCUGAGGAGCUCCAGUGCGGGAUGAGCCGUGAGUCCUCCAUGCAUGGAGUAUCGGCGGGCGACAGCGUCAGGAUCGGAGGCGUGAUGUUCGAGGACUUCGUGGCGCCGAACCACCACCAGGUGAUGAUGGCGUGGGGCAAGACUGCUAAACAACUUAGGUUGAAACCAUUGACGUGGAAGUCGAAGGCAGGCUCCAUCACGGUCUACCCCAUGAAGAAGAAUGAUGACACAAGCUGGAUGAGGCUCAGGAUGUUCUCAGAGAUGACGGACUGCGCUUCGACCAAUCGCCUUUCCGAGACCGACGGCGUCAUGAAGGACCAGCACACGCGCGUCUUGGACGGCCUUUUGAAAGAUGAUGGGAAUGAGAAGGCGCAGUAUUCUACGUUUCGGCUCCCGUCCCUCGCGUGCAUCAACGAGAGGUCUGCGCAGCUGGGGGGCAAAGUCUUGGCUUUGCAGCCAGACGGUUCGGGCAGCGCAGCGUCGUCAGGAGGUCGCUCGCCUGCGCCCGUCCAGCGAGCCGCGUCCUCCUACGACCUCACCUCGUCACCGAUUUUGCCACUUGCGAGCCAUCAGCCUGCGCUCAUGGACGGUCGCGCUGGGGAUGAAGACGAUGGUGGCAUGGGUGAGGAAGAUGACGAUGGUCAGGACGACGGCUCAGUUCUGCGUGACGAUUCACAGCCAGCUGGGCGCUUCGUGGUUCGCAGCCGCGAGCCACCCAUGUCGCCACCUGCGGGGGGGCGCCCCAGAGGAAGUGGCAGCGGUAGGUUCUCGACGACCAAGCCCGCGGCUCCGAUGAAGAAGACGCCAUCCGACCCGAACUUGCAGAAGGGUACUCCCGAGUAUUGGUUCGCACAGAUCAGUCUCUCAGACUUGAUGUGCGGCGGGAAGCCUGGGCAGGGGCCGCACCAGCUCGAGAUGCUGCUCACCAAGGUCGCCGAGGGCAAGCGCCCGCAGAUCAGGAAGUACAUGGACCUCAUCCAGAGGGCAAAGGACAUCGCGAAGAUAGAAGCGCUUGACAUCGAGACGCUCGACGAGCACAUGGAGAAACUGAUUGCAGCGAAUACCGAGGUGCCCGUCUCAGUGCAGUUCAACAUCUUGAAGAAGAAGGCCGACGUAUUGUGGAACAAGUGGGUUGUCGACAUCAGCAAUGAGGAGCCGCUCAUCAGCUACCUUCAGAUGUUCCGCCCGUGGGACCAGCAGGCCCAGUCGCCCCCGUUCGCCCACCGCACGCCCACCCUCGCGAGCGUCGGCGCCACAGACGUGCAGAGGGCGGUCACUUUCAUGGAAGAGCUCGUUGCGCACCGCAUUAUUCCUUUAGUUUUGGGCGACAAGCAGAAGGAAGCGUGCCUACUGGAGCUUGCGAACGUUGGCAAGGCGGUCCUCACGUUAUCAGAGGAAGCACACAUCGAGAACAAUUGCGCCCAGAAUCUCGUGGCAACGCUUCAGCUGUUCGACGUGUUCAUUGCGCUGGCCUCCCAGACGAUCGACGGUUCGGUCGGUGCCUCCACCUACGACGACAUCCUCUCGCUCACUACUGGUGGUACUGACGCGUGGGGCCAGGUCGGCGCAGCCCUCGAGGAGUCACCGAUGUGGAAGGAGCACAUGGCGAGGAUUUCGAAGCAGCACAAGUCCUACAAGGAGUUCGCCCCGAAGAUUGCAAAGGACACGGCGGAGUGCGGCGCCAUGCUGAGCGGCAAGAUGGAUGACUUUCCGACGGUGGCAUCGUCGCUGUUGGGCCGCCUGCCAGCUUACGUCACGCGCCUGGGUUCCUUGGCCGUCGAUGCGCUGGAGACCAAGCUGCUGACCGCCAUUGUCACGAAGGCUCGUGGGUUAGACAUCCCA